AGAAGCUUUCACACACAUACCUUCCUUCUAAGACACCCAUUCACACUCUUCACUUCCAUCUUUCUCCUAUCAAAUCUCAAGCACAAGCCAAGAAUUUCACCUUCUUUCUGUAAACUGUAAGAUACCCUUUAUCUAUAUGUCUUCUUAGAGAUGCUAGAAAUGGAAGGAACAGCAAAACCCCCACAAAUUUCUGAAAUGUUUCACAAAUUCGCUCAUGUUGUUAGAACCAAAACCUUCGAACUCUUCGCUGACGAUGAGAACAACUCCAUCGCCGACGACGAGAACACCGACACUGAUGUUUUCACUCUUCUUGAUUCAGCUGAAGAAUUCAUACCUGACCAAAAAGUUGUUGUAAUCAAGCCUGAUUUCUGUAAAUUUCCUCAUUUAGCAAAUACCCAUUUCAGUAAAUCCCUGAUUUCUUCACUCUUCGCUACAAUUUCGUCGUUUGAAGCUUCGUAUCUUCAGUUACAAACAGCUCAUGUGCCCUUUGACGAAAAAGCCAUUGAAUCAGCGGAUAAAGCUUUGGUGACUGUUCUUCAGAAAUUGACUGAAAUGAAGAGUUUGUAUAAGGAUUUCAGGAGAAACCCAAGUUGUAAUAUUGAUGUUCUUAUGGGGUCAGAGCUGGAAUUUCAGGUUCAGGAGCAUCAGAGCAAGCUCAGAGUUUUGGAGACUAUGGUAAAUCAAUUACUGUCUUAUAUUGAGUCUAAAGAUGAAGAAGUUUCAAUUUUGAGGAAGAAAUUGGAUAAAAUUCAAGAUUCUAAUUUGAGUUUGUCUAAAAAAUUAGGGGUAGAAAAUGAAAAGUCAAAUAGUAGUACUACGGAAGUAUUGUGUACAGUUCGUGUUUUUGAAUCUAUGCUACGCGAUUCGAUUAAGUCAGUGAAUAAAUUUUCUAAGUUAUUGAUGGAGUUAAUGAAAAGGGCAAGUUGGGAUUUGGAUAAAGCAGCUAAUUCUGUGUAUUCUGAUGUUAAUUAUGCAGAAAAAGAACACCAUAAAUAUGCAUUUCUGUCAUAUAUUUGUUUAGGUAUGUUUAAGGGGUUUGAUCUGGAAGACUUUGGUUUGUGUGAUAAAGAAAUGUUGUCUGAUGGAUUAAUAUCUGAUGAGAAUGAUUAUUUGAAACAAUUACUUGAGCAUGUUUCAUGUAAUCCAAUGGAGACUUUGAGUAAGAAUCCUAGUUGUGCAUUUUCAAGAUAUUGUGAUAAGAAGUAUGAGCAGAUAAUUCAUCCUACAAUAGAAUCAUCGAUUUUCAGGGAUUUGGAUGGGAAAGAAGUCAUAGUGGAUUCAUGGAAGUCGUUAAGUGUGUUUUAUGAGUUGUUUGUAAGGAUGGCUAGUACAAUAUGGCUGCUUCAUAAGUUGGCAUACUCAUUUAAUCCUGUAGUUGAGAUAUUCCAAGUUGAGAGAGGGGUGGACUUCUCGAUGGUCUACACGGAAGAUGUUACAAGGAAAAUUCAAUUCCCUUUGAGCAAGACAAGGCCAAAGGUGGGAUUUACUGUGGUGCCUGGGUUUAAAAUUGGGAGUACAAUCAUUCAGACACAGGUUUAUCUAACUGGCUUAAAAGGCAUGGAAUAGGGUAAAACAAAGAGAUCAGUACAGUCGUCUGCAAGUCACUUUGCUUUAUCGUGUGCUUUGUUUCCUCUGACUUACACCAAGAGAUUUAGAGUGCUCCAUUUGACAGCUAACCUUCUUUGGUACCAGAAUUCAAGAAUUCUUGUCAAAGUGCUAUUGCCGAGGCAUAAGCCAUUUGAUAUUGUUGCAGAAGUUGGUGUUCUCGCGGGCCUGGAUUGGUAUGGAUGUUUUUUGUUAUUGUCGCUACUCGCUAGUAAGUGGUCACUAGUUAGUCUAAUUUGUGUAUUUGCUUGAAUAGAAGUUCUGUUUCCAGGGGUUCUGUUAGUCCUAUGCAAUGUAUGUAAAGCACUGCUUUUAUGUUUUUUUUCUUGGUUGUUUUUCUUUUUAUUUGGUUACUUUUAGUUAGGGAGGUGAGAUGAGGUGGUGGGAGUAGUACAGGAUAUUACACAAUCGAAUUGUAUGUAACUCUUUUAAUGUCAAAAUGGACAGUGAUUUCAACAGUUCAA